ACUCACCUGAUGAUGCAGUGAUGAAGGUGUUUAUUGAGACUCUGAAUCUCUAAGACUGCACUCAGGAGAAUAAGUCAUGAUGUUUUUCGUGUUUGUCCUGUUAGUAUCUCAGUGCUCGUCGCUCACCAGUCAACAGUGUCACCACUGUGAACAAACAUCCUGCGACUGCUCGAGCCAAAACCUUCGGGAAGUCCCUGCAGCCGCUUCAAAGCUCAUCACUGAGCUCGAUCUCUCUUUUAACGCACUGGAGACGAUAAUGAAAGAUGACUUUCUUUCAUAUGCCGCUUUGAGGGCUUUGUUCGUGAAUAACAACAGGAUCAAAACCAUCCAUGAAGACGCAUUUCACCCGCUGAUUCAUUUGGAGAAACUGGACUUGUCCUCAAACCAGUUGGAGACUUUGUCUUCUGGUUGGUUUCAGAACCUGACUUCUCUCCACUACUUGAAUCUUUUGGGAAACAAAUAUUCAACACUUGGUCAGGGAAACCUUUUCCUGCCACUGAAGAGCUUGAAGACCCUCCAUUUUGGAGGACCUUUCCUUCAGUCUGUCAGUAAAAGGGAUUUUUCUGACCUUUCUGGUCUUGAGGAACUUGCUUUUGAAGGAAAUCAUCUGCAAGUGUAUGAAAACGAAAGUCUGAGACAAAUUGGACCCAUUAGCCAUGUAACACUUGGUCUCAAUGGAGUAUUUCAGAGAGAUUUAGCAGUAGUACUAGCUAUAUUGUUAGACGUUGUUCAUCCAAACACAACAGUGACAUUCACAGACAUACAGUUUAACAAAAGUUUGCAAAUGUCCCCAGUUCAUGUGGUCAUCAAGCGUGGUGCUACAGGUCUUAGUUUUAAAAAUGUGAACAUGUCUGUGUCAGCUUGUGUACAACUUAUGAAUAUUUCUUUGGGCUCUGAUCUGACUUUUUUUGCUGUUGAAGAUUCACAAUUCUUUGAAGAUGAAGAAAAAGUCUUUCGUGUUGACAUAAACCUGAAAGGCUUGGAUGUCAUCGUCUUCAAAAACAUUGAUAUUGUUUGGUUCUACCAUUUUCCUGAAUUCAGUUUUAUGCAAAAUAUACUGACUGUAGUAAGAAAGGCAUCUGUGAUAAACUCCAAGUUGUUUGCCAUUCCUUGCCGAUCCAUUAUUCAUUUCUCAGAUUUGGAGUUUUUGGACAUCAGUGACAACAUAAUCUCAGAUUUUACACUUAUGGAAAUGAUGUGUUAUGGCAUGGGUGUCCUUCUAAAUCUCCACACACUCAACAUCAGCAGAAAUAUUUUGUCUUCAAUCAACAGUAAACUCUUCACUAAACUAGAAAAGCUGGAAAACCUCGACAUGAGUGGAAACUCAUUUGGCAGCAUGCCUUCGACAUGUUCCUGGCCAGCAAGUCUCAAGUUCUUAAACCUUUCGUCAACUUCUCUUCCUGAGGUGACAUCCUGCCUACCACAGAGCCUACAGAUCCUUGAUUUAUCCAGAAAUAAACUGACUGUCUUUAACAUUGAAUUGCCGCUUCUCAAAGAGCUGUACAUCUCUGGCAACAAGCUUGGAAAUCUUCCUGAUGGGCAUUUAUACCUCAGCCUCACAGUUCUCUCCAUUCAAGACAACAACUUGGCCAAAUUCAACAGUAAAAACCUGCAUGAUUACCAGAGCCUGAGGGUUCUGGAAGCUGCUGGCAACCCUUAUGUCUGUUCAUGUGACUUUGUAGGUUUCGUGACAAAUGACUUGAUGAACCACGAAACUGUAGUUAGACAUGACUUAAAGUCUUACAUCUGUGACUCUCCCGAUGCAGUGAGGGGGGAGAGAGUAUCAGACGUGAAGCCGUCAGUGUUUGAGUGCCACACAGCUUUAGCGAUUUCUUUGCUCUACUUAGGCAUCCUGGUGCUGUGCGUGCUCAUUGCAGGUCUGUGUUAUAAGUUCAGCAUUGUGGGGUAAACAAAGGUGACCUGGGUGGAGACAAAAAGCUCGACUCCCAGCAGUCGAGCUGUCAGAACUGCUGUUCUGACAGAACUUUGUCAAAAUCAGGCUGCGGAAAGUGAUGAACUCUAGGACGUACCUGGAGUUGCCUCACGAUGAAGAUCAGAUUCCAGCGUUCUGGCAAAGUCUGAGAACAGCGAUUAAAACAUCUGAAAUUGAUAAUAAAGACAAUCUAUAAAAGGGUUUAUACUUAAAAUUUUGAUUGUACACACACAUAUUUACCUUCUCUAAGGGCUACAAUGUCAGUGACUUUACGCUACGAAUGUAUUUUAAGACUAUUAUAUUUUAUUAUGAUAUUUUAAGAGUAUUAUCAAAGACAGCAUGACCUAUUUUGAAUUCAAUUUCGUCAAUCUUUUUAAAAACUCAAUUUUCUUAAGUAUUCCUUUCAUUUGACAGUAAAAACAAAGU